UCCAGCCUCUUCUCUUAUACUUUAUGUUUUUUUUCCUUCCACAGCAUGGCUUCUCUGCACACUGGCGUUUGGUUGCUGCUGGCGUGGGGACUGAUGCACACAGCUUCAUCCUCUUACUAUGAUGGAAUUGAGGAAGUGAAUAAUGACUUUAUUGAAAGUUGUUCAAAGGAAGCCAAACACCUGGUAGAUACGGCCUAUAAAAACACCCGCCAAAUCUUGAAAGAACGCUUAAAGAAGAAGAUAGUUGAGGCUCGCGACCUUAUGGCUUACUUCAAGCAGCCCGUUGCAGGAAGCAGAAACGCUAUACGAGCUGCCGAUUACAUGGGCACCACUCUGGAGCUUCUGAGAGGAAAAGUCAAAUACUUUUAUGACCGUCCUUUCAAUAUUACAGAUCUACUAACAAAGAAACAGAUUGACACUAUAUCUCAGAUAUCAGGCUGCACAACACAAUACCUCCCAAAAGCUUGCCAGAACAGUCAAUAUCGCACCAUUACUGGAGAGUGUAAUAACAGGAGAAAUCUCUAUCUUGGUGCUUCCAACACUGGGUUUACGCGUUUGCUGCCUGCGCAAUAUGAAGAUGGCGUGUCUCUUCCUCGUGGCUGGACUGAAAAUCGUAUGAUUAAUGGAUUCCGUCUCCCUUUGGCACGUCAAGUAUCCAAUGAAAUCGUAAGAUUCCCAGUUGAAAAUAUCACCCUGGACAGUGGCCGAGCACUUAUCUUCAUGCAAUGGGGACAAUGGACAGAUCAUGACCUUGAUCUCUCGCCUGAGACUCCUGCAAGGACAACUUUCCUUGACGGUAUUGAUUGUGAUACCAGCUGUGCAAGAGAGCCCCCCUGCUUUCCACUCAAGAUUCCACCAAAUGAUCCUCGGUUUACAAAUCGCAGUGACUGUAUCCCAUGCUUCCGCUCCUCUCCUGUGUGCACCCCGGGAUCUCCAAUCCGUGAACAGAUAAACAUUCUCACCUCUUUCCUCGAUGGGAGUCAAGUGUAUGGCAGUGAUCUGCCACUGUCUUUUGCACUACGUAAUAACACAAAUCAGUUUGGACUUAUGGCCAUUAAUCAGAACUUCACGGAUAAUGGGCUUGCAUAUCUUCCAUUUGAAACUGUAGAAGAAGACUUCUGCGUCCUGACGAACAGAUCUGGAAUCCCUUGUUUCUUGGGAGGAGACCCCCGUGUCAGUGAGCAACCUGGUCUCACUGCCUUUCACACACUCUGGGUACGUCAACAUAACCGCAUAGCUACAGAACUACGGAGGAUGAAUCCGCGUUGGUCUGGUGAGACCUUGUAUCAAGAAGCUAGGAAGAUCGUAGGGGCAAUCUUGCAGAAAAUCACGUACAAAGAUUGGCUGCCUUUACUGUUGGGAUCAGAGAUACAAAAAGUUCUCCCUAGAUACAGAGGUUACAAUGAGUCUGUAGAUCCAAGGGUGGCUAAUGUAUUCACUAUCGCGUUCCGCAUGGGCCAUACUCUCAUACAGCCAAUCAUAUAUCGUCUUGAUAAAGGCUAUCGUCCCUAUGUUCCAGAGCCACAGACCCUCCUACGCUUGACUUUCUUCAAUAGCUGGAGAGUGGUCAGCCACGGUGGAGUUGAUACUCUUCUCCGUGGACUGAUGGCAAAUCGAGCAAAACUUAAUCGGCAAAACCAACUGGUCGUGGACGAGUUAAGGGAGCAUCUCUUUGGGCAAUUGAAACGUACUGGGCUUGAUUUACCAGCCCUAAAUUUGCAAAGGGGCCGUGAGCAUGGUAUACCAGGAUACAAUGCCUGGAGAAGGUUUUGUGGAUUUUCUGCACCAAGGAAUGUGAAUGAGUUAGCUGCUGUGCUGAAUAACAGGGAGCUGGCCCAAAAGUUCAUAAAUCUGUAUGGCACACCUGAAAAUAUCGACAUUUGGGUUGGCGGGGUUGCUGAACCUUUAGUUCGUAAUGGCAGAAUUGGGCAGUUGCUUUCAUGUCUGAUUGGCAACCAGUUCCGUAGAGCUCGAGAUGGAGACCGGUUUUAUUAUGAGAACCCAGGGGUGUUCACCUCCGCUCAGAGGAAUGCGAUCGAGGCAGGGACAUUUGCACGUGUCAUCUGUGACAACACUGGGAUUACUGAGGUUCCUCGAAAUGUCUUUUUGGGCAAUCAAUAUCCUCGUGAUUUUGUAAGAUGUCAGAAUAUUCCAGCCCUGGACCUCAGACCAUGGAGAUCAACCAAAGAUUAAAACGGCAAGAAAAUUGUCAAAACAGAAAAACGGGGAAUGGAAAAUGUAUAGAGGGAAACCUCUCCAAAAGACCAAGUUUUUGAGAGGACUACCCCUUUAUCUAGGACAGAUCUGAGAGGAGCAUCCUUGUAGUAGACCAGUUUCAAUGCAGUUUUGGAUGGUUGUCUCACAGAGGCUUUUACUGUAAUGGGUUUUGAUGUUGUUAUUAUUAUGAAUAUACUUUCUCCUGAAUCCAUAGUUGCCAACAGUCUUGAAUUUUUAGGCACAGUCCUAGUAAAUUCUGGUUGUCCCAAAUGGAAAAUGGGCAGGGCAUAUGUGCACCACACUCAUAAAUGGAUAACCCCAGGUGGGUUUGUCAUGUCCCAAAUUUACUAACUACAAUGUUGGUAUGUAUGCAAAUCAAGUUAUGGUUUAGGUAAAUUGCAAGAAAGCAACUCCCCAAUAUGCAUCUAUUGAUUGCUUUUAGCAAUAGGGUCCGAGUCUGGGUAUACAUUAAAUAAAGGUACUCUGAACCCAUCAUCAGAAUACGAGAUGCUACCUGCUGUCAGGUGUAGGUGAAAUAGGCUUGACAUGUGCUUAACAUCGAGAAGGGUUAAGCUCCAACAUUCACUCUGUCUUGUAUAGGGUAUUUAGACACAGGACUAUGGCAGCAAACAUAAUUCCAUGCCCAUACUAUCAGAAAUCUAUAUAUGACUUUGGUUUUAGAGCUUAUAGAACAGUCAAGGUAAAAAAUCAAUUCUCUCCUCUAUAUUAUCAGACUUUUGAUUUGACCUAUUAAGGCUACGUGCACAUCAGGGGCCAAAUUUCAGUAUUCUAUUCGAGCGAUCCCUUUCACUGUAAUGGGGUCCAUUGGAUUUCUAUUAUGAACACGAGCAUUUUGCUGGACAAAACACUGCUGCAGAUGUGGAACCUCCGAUGUACCCAUGUGAACCUAGCCUUACAGAGGUUGUGCAGGGGGUUUAUAUUGAUGGCCUAUCUUCAUCGUUAUCCCAGCACCACCGCCAAUCAGCUGUUUGAAAAGGAGGCAGUGUUUGUGCUGCUUCAUCUUCAAGAUUACACUGCCCAUCAUCUCACUUGAAUGAGGCGAGAAGUUGUAAUUUUGAAGUGGAAGCAGCUCUUGCCCGAGCGCAGCCUCCUCCUCAAACAGCUGAUUGGCAAGGGUCCCUGGAGUCAGAACCCCUGUCGAUCUGAUAUUGACGACUCUCCUGAAGAUAGGUCAUCAAUAUAAAGCCCCUGCACAACCCCUUAAAUUAGCCUGACCUAAAAAGAUUGCAUUGAUUCUGUCCAUCUUCAAACCUUUUGUAGAAGCUGCAUUGGAGAAACAUAUUAAUAUAAAAAAACAUCAUAUAUAGAAUGUUUAUACUAAUUAGAAUGUAUUCAUUUUAGCUUUUUUGU